AUGUUGAAGUUUACCUUGCUGGUGUUCAUCGCCGUUUCGGCUCUGGCGUUUGCAAAUUCUUUACCCGGAGAGAAGAGUAAAAAAUAUUGUAGAGAAACGCACGUCGCAAAAUCCGGACGUGUAAGAAGGAUCAUCGGUGGAGAGAUUGCCGCCCCGAAUGAGUUUCCUCACACGGUUGCUUUAAUCUAUAUCGAGAAUGGAAAGAGGGUGUGGAAUUGCGCUGGAAUCUUAAUUACCGAUAAAUAUGUGCUGACUGGAGCUACUUGCAUCGACAUGUAAGUCUUGAAUUAGAAGACUUAAUCGAUCUACAAAGUUACAGUUGUUUUUUUUUCAAGGUAUAUUCCCAAAUACGCGAGAUUGGGUGAGAUUGUGAA